AUGACGGAGAAACAUAAGGUUGCUAUACUUGGAUCAGGUAACUGGGGCAGCACGGUGGCGAAGAUCGUGGGAUCGAACGUCAAAACGAAGACAGAAUCGUUUGAUCCGGAGGUUCGCGUGUGGGUAUACGAGGAGCUUGUCGACGGACGGAAACUUACCGAGAUUAUCAAUAGCGAUCACGAGAAUGUCAAGUACCUUCCAGGUAAGAAGCUUCCAGAGAACGUGGUUGCCGUUCCGGACCCGAUCGAGGCUGUCGCUGGGGCCGAUAUUCUCGUCUUUGUGCUGCCUCACCAGUUUGUGCGAGGCCUCUGUGCCAAGCUCCGAGGGAACGUUCGCGAGGGCGCUUUCGCAGUUUCGUUGAUUAAAGGCGUGGAGUUUGAUGAAAACGGUAUUGUGCUGAUUAGCGACGUGAUUUCGAAGGAACUUGGUGUGGAGUGUUCCGUUCUGAUGGGCGCAAAUAUUGCCAAUGAGAUAGCAGAUGAGCAGUUCAGUGAGGCCACCAUCGGGUACAAGAAUGCCGCGCACGCGAAACUAUUGCAAAUCAUUUUCCAGAAGCCCUACUUUCGGAUCGCAGGUGCACCAGAUAUCCCAGGCGUAGAGAUCUGUGGGGCCCUAAAAAACGUGGUUGCUCUUGGAGCCGGUUUCUGUGAUGGCCUCGGUUACGGAAACAACACGAAGGCGGCAGUUAUUCGUUUUGGACUCCUGGAAAUGGUUCGUUUUGCGAAAAAGUUUUUCAAGAAUGUCCAGUAUACAACGUUCUUGCAGUCUAGUGGUGUGGCGGAUCUCAUAACGACUUGCUACGGUGGCCGAAAUCGUAAAUGCGCGGAGGCAUUUGCGCGGGCUGGUGGCCGGAAGAGUUUCGAAGAACUGGAGGUGGAACUGCUCAAUGGCCAAAAGCUCCAAGGUACGCUCACAGCGAAAGAAGUACAUGAGGUACUCCAGCGCCAAAAACUUAUGAAAGAGUUUCCAUUUUUUGAAGUGAUAUAUGAUAUCGUUUACGAAGGUAGACCGGUUGAGCAGUUCCUGCAGGAGCUGAGCGAGAAAGAGCUCUCGCUUGAAGGAAACAUUGAGUGA